GUAAAGAGGACGCAGACACAGUGAAGCAGAGCUUGAGAUCAGUACAGCAGGAUUCUAGCAGAUCAACAGGAGAAAGCAGCAACACCACAGUCAAAAACACUCUGAUGUAAGUGAAGGUUAUUCUACAUCUUGUUAAAGUUUCCGAUGAAAAAGAGAUAACGAGGCGACGAUGUUCAGACUGCGGAGAGAAGCUGCUGAUGAGGGUUGUUCCGGAGCGCAUGAAGUGAGACGUGUCAGUGUUUGUGGGACUCUCAGACGGAGACCUCGGAGCAGAAUGGCUGCAGUCACAGAGCUCUGCUUCCUGCUGUUUGCUCUCAUCAACAACAUUCACGCACAACAACUCAUCAGCAUCAAGCGGGAACGGGACUCUUACAGCUUCAGUCUCCCCGAGGAGGCCGACUCCUGCCUGAUCUCCAGGUGUGUUGGUGAGGAGAAGCUGGUCCUGCUGAACACCUCUGACCUCUGGUCCCGCAACUCCACGGCACCUGAAGACCUGAAACAACGACUCUCGGUCAUCAGCACGCACAACAUCUCUUUCUACAACAUCCACAACCUGACCCACUCAGACUCCGGCCCGUACCGAGAGGAGUGUUGGACCGACGGCAGAGUCACACACGACAAGACCACCACCGUCAUCGUCUGCAGUCACGUGGGUGGAGGAGCACUAUAUUCAGUGACACCUGGAGACACAGGGUAUCUGCCAUGUGAGGGAGCGACUGACCAUCAGGACGUCCUGUGGCUCAAACGUAACUUUAGAUACGAACAGGAAAUAUGGAGCAGAGUUUUUGGGGACAAUGAGACAUCAGUGAUGGACGAGGAUGGAGGAAGAUACCAAGUGGUGAAAAACACAUCAGCUCUUCGUGUUUUUAACUUCACAACAAACGCCAAGACAGAGUUCAGCUGUCUGAGGAUGGACCAGCAGCAGUGUGUCAGCAGUUACUCUGUAGACUUAUGGCUGUACACAGAGAUGAUCUACGGCUCAGAGGGACAGACGGCUGUGCUGCCGUGCACUCUCACUGAUUUCAGUGACGAUCAGCCGCCACAGUGGGACAUCGACAACACCUACGACGGACAACCAAACCAGACUGUGUCCUCAGUGGACCAGAACUUCUCUCUGGUGUUUUCAUCACUGACGUUAAAUCACACAGGUGUGUACAUCUGUCAAACUGCUGUCAGUGUGAAAAGGUAUCUGCUGUUUGUGUGUCCUAAAUUUGGUCCUCCUGCUGUCGAGCUCUUCUCAGAGGGAGAAAACGUCACUCUCACAUGCAAAGAUCAGGAAAAGGGUCAGUGGUCUGUUUGGUUCUACAAGUCGAACCGAACAGAAGGCAGAGUUUUCGAUACACAGUUUGGUCAGAGUCUGAGCAGAGUGAGUCAGUCUUAUGACGACGGGAGUUUGUUUGUCUCUGACGUCUCUCUGAAGGACACAGGAGAGUAUUGGUGUGCAGUUGUGGGCAGAGAUGGUCAGUGUGUGUCAUCAAGUAAAACAGUGUUAAAGUACAGAGGUCCGUUUGGGGUUCACUCCACCUUCUAAACCGUGAGAUGAUUGGCGUUGUGCUGCUGACGCUGUGUGUUGUGGUCGCUGUGAACCGGAGGACCAGGACCACUUAUCACUGAAUUUACCCAAAACACAAUUUUCAGAUUUGGAAACCGGCAAAUCAGAAACUCAACUCCUGAAAGAGAACGAGUGCAUGAAAAUCAAUUUCUGAGAGUAAUAAAAAAACAACAGCAAAGACAUGUUGAGACAGAAGUCACAGUGUUCCACACGAGCGACUGUGUUCAGCAUGUGUCAAGUUUUCACGCUACAGAAAAGAGCUGCGAGAAUCCGAAAUCAGAUGAUCAUAAAACAACUCAUGCUCUGGUUUUUUUUUCAACUUAAAUGCCUUAAAAUGCACUGCUGUGACAUCUGAUAAAAAAGGCCCCUGGACUUUGUGUUUGGCAUGAACUCAUCAUAGAGUACAUGCACAUGGACUUUCUAACAUGUAUAAUACAUUAUACAUUACAUAUAUACUUUACACAUUAUGCAUUACAU